UGUAAAUAAAUUCUGAAUACCGGGGGAACAUUUGUCAACGAAUGGAGACAUGGUUGUAGAUCUACAUAGAGGAUAGCAUAAUGAGUUAAUUAAUUAAAAUAGCCAACAAUUAGAAUGUAGGUAGGCAGUGAUCGCAGAGAAAUCUACUUGGUUCUGUGGCCAGUACUCAACUCGCUCGUUUAAAUCAGCUGAUGUGCAGUGAGAUACAAAUAGAUCUACUCACUUGUGUGAGCAGGACGAGCUAAUCAAUGGCUGAAGGAAGGUACUCGAGCUAUGGAACGUCUGACCGUUCACAGGAGAAAGCUUUUAUUGACAAGGUGUAUCUUUUAAAAGAUGAACAAGAAAGAGUACAGAAAAAAACUUUUACAAACUGGAUGAACACCUACCUUUGUAAGAGAAUCCCACCUAUCAAAGUUGAGAAUCUAUUCGAGGACAUCAAAGAUGGCGUUGUCCUGCUGUCCCUACUGGAGGUGUUGUCUGGUGAAAAAUUGCCAAUGGAGAAAGGACCAAGGCUUCGUAGACCUCAUCACUUGGCCAACAUAUCAACUGCCCUGAACUUUUUGGAAAAGAAAAAGAUCAAGCUUGUGAAUAUCAACACCUCCAGUAUUGCAGAUGGCAAGCCUUCAAUUGUUCUUGGCCUGGUUUGGACCAUUAUUUUAUACUUCCAGAUUGAAGAAACGAUCAAUGCAGUGCCUGGAGAUGGUACCAAUAAAAAACCUCAGCUACCAAAACAAAGUUUGUUGGAUUGGGCAGAGAAUGUCUUAACAAAAAAUUAUGGUAUCAAAAUUAAAGACUUUGGCAACAGUUGGAAAACUGGUAUUGCUUUCAAUGCCAUGAUCCACCAUAUCCGUCCUGAUCUUGUGGAUAUGGACCAGAUUAAAAGACAGCAGGCACGCAUUAAUUUAGAGCAUGCAUUUUCAACAGCUGAGACUCACCUGGGUAUUCCCAGACUUCUGGACCCUGAAGAUGUGGAUGUAGACAAGCCGGAUGAGAAAUCUAUCAUGACAUAUGUGGCUCAGUUCCUGAAGGCCUAUCCUGAAGCUGGCGGCAGUGGAGUCCCAGGUCUGGACAUCAACUCUCCUGACAAAGAACUGAAAGCUUUCAGCACAUUGAUGAGCUGGUUGAAUGUGGAUGCCAAGGGUGUCCUAGCCACAACCCUCGAACCCGUCCAGGACAGAGAAGCAGAAUUCAAGGCCUACCUGGAAUUCAAAACAGAUCUAGAUGGAAGAGAGCCGUUAUAUUUGAAACUUGGAGAGAAAGUUUUAUUAGGACAAGCUUUAAAAAUAACCAGACCAGAUUGGGAAAAACUGGAUAUAAGUUGGCAGGAAGUGGAAGAAGGCGUAAGACUUUGGCUUCUAAAACUUGAUGCCUGCCUUCCUGGCAAGCUGGGGCAACUUGGCCAGUGGCUUUAUGAGGCAGAAAAAAUGUUAAAGAAAAAAGAAGUUUCAACUGACAAUCCUGAAGAGAUGGCAGAACAAUAUGGUGAUCUUGCAAAAGAGCACAGGCUUUUUUUCAAAGAUUUGGAGGAAUGGAAACAGUUUUUUGCUCAAGUCAAGCGAGCCGGUCGCUACGAAGGCCUGGCCAUUCAGGGUGCUCAGCUGGAACACAUUGCUAAGCGGCUGGAACAUGUAUCACUGCACUCAACUGUCAGACAGAACAGACUGGACUACACUCACAUGAGAUACAAAUUAUUAGCUUUUCUGGGGAUAGCUGAGUUCAAGCUAGCAGAAUGGACUGGGAGAUUUGGACACCAAAACUCUGUUGAAAACAUGUUAAAAGAGUUCUCAGAUAUUGUUGACAAGCAGAAGCUCUUUGAAACCUUUGACAAACUACUGGCAGACAGCAAAAAAGUGUCAGAAAUAUAUAAAAUGGGAGGGGCAGACAAAACAGAAAUUUCACAAAUGGAGCAGUUUUUGGGAAACAUCAGUGGUCAAUGGAAAAACAUGUCAGUUGAAAUCAAAGGUGUGAGGUCAAUGUUAGAAGAGGUCAUCAAGACCUGGAAGCAGUACACUUCUAGUUUGGACUCACUGACAGUGUGGCUUGCCGAGGCAGAGAAAGUCUUAAAUAAAAGCUUGGAAGAAAAGGAGGACUUUUUUAAUGACCUGUCAGAGCAGCAUGAAAUACACAAACUUUUAAAUGACUCUGCCAACUUUCUUAUUGAGGGAGCUACCCAGCCUGUCGCUGAUGAAAUCAAACGAACCAUUUUACUCGUCAACCGCCAGUUUACAGAGGUUGUUGAGGGGUUCCAUUCUUUCCAUCAGAAUGAAAUUAUUGGCAAGGCAAAAUCUGAGUAUGAAAAGGGUGUUGACAGCUUGGCUGCUUGGUUGACGUCUGCCCUAGAAGUUCUGGGCCGUCCUGUCAGAUGUAUUCAUGCUGAAUUAAAAGCCUAUCUCUUGGAACUAGAUAAAUGCAGUAAUGAAAUUCAGGAAGCUGAAAGCAACUUUAAAGUAACAACAAAAACAGCACAAUCUCUAGUGAAGGACAGCUCUCAAGAUGUUGUCACAGCGAUGCUGCAAACAUUAAAUGAACAGAAAGAGGCCAUUGUAAAGCUGAAAAAGGAAAUUCCAGACAGGAUCAAGUACCUGAAGGCUGUGCUGCCAAAUGUGGAGUCACUGGAGACUGGCAUCACUGACCUGUUCAGGUGGUUGGAUGACGGCAAACAUUUGCUGGACUCUCACAAAUUAGAGGCCACAGCAGAAGACAAUGAUUCUAGAUUAGAGAAACAUAAGGCCUUUUUCACUGAAAUAACCUACCAAAAGUCAAUUCUUGAGAGCAAAAACAAAGUCUUCCAGAAAAUCAGUGGGACCAAAGCCAAACUUGCCAAUGUUGACUUCAACCCUGCUGAAGACUUGAUAGCGCGAGCCAAUGAACAGUUUCAGAAUUCUGUGACAAGUGCCAAAGACUGGGAGCGUAAAUUAGAAGCUUUGUCUCGUUUGUGGCGGUCACUCCAUCAGAAGCAACAAGAGCUAGAAGAUUGGCUUGACACAGCCUCGAACAUACUGGAUGACAAAGAUGAUGACCCCGACAACCUGAUACGUAAACAUAAGGCUUUCUUCAACAAACUAGACAAGCGUCUUAUGACAGAUUAUGAAGCUCUUGCUAAUGAAAUCUUGCAUCAACUGAGCCCUCCAGAGCAGAAGCAACUUUCUCAAACCCUAGGUCAUCUAAAGGAGAGAUGGGAGCAUGUCCUGCACCAUGCACCAAUCAAACUGUUGAAACUUGAGUUUGCCCUACCAGAGGACAAGUUUGAACAAGGCAUGGAGAAAGCUGAAUUGACUCUCAGACAGGCCCAAGACCAGAUCAAACGAAAUGAGAACAUCAAAGAUGCACUGGCUAGACACAAACAAAUGUUUGAAGAAGGGAACCUGGUCACCUCUUGUGAGCAAUGGCUUGAAUCUAUGAAAAACAUAGCCCAACAACUACUCAAGCUAAGCAUUGAUGAAAAGUCACUGGACCAGAGACACAGAAACCAUUUAGAGAGAUGGAAGAAGCUGAGGAUGAUAGCUGAUGACACUUAUGUCCAACUAAAGCAGCUACCUGAGAGGUGGAAAGAAUAUCAUCAAAAAAUGAAUGAUGUGGAUGGUUGGGUACAAAAUGUGGAGAAACUCAUCAAAGGAAUGGCACAAGAGAAUAUUUCAGGAGAGGAGUAUAAAGAAAUGCUGGCACAGUUUCAGAAGGAGAUGAGAAACAUGAGCAAGUACCAAGAGGACUCCAAGUGGCUUGACCAGUCCUUGAAUGAACUGGUCAAAGAUGCACCAGAAGCUGAUGCCAAGAGGGAAAGAGAGCGUCUCAAGGGUUUGCUGGAUCGGUUCAGGGGAGUGAAACCUCACAUGGAUACAACUAUGGAUAAAUCCAACAUUUUAUCCAAGGGCUAUGAGUACAGGGAUAAUGUGGUUAGGAAGUCCAGCUGGUUGGAUGAAGCUCAGCGGCUGGCGAUGGAACACCCUCACAUUGACAGCCUUGAUGAUGCCAGAGUUUACCUUCAAGAGCAUGAGUAUCUUCUCAGCAAACUUGAGGCAGAGAAAGCCAAUAUUCAAGCUGAUAUUGAAGCAGGAAAACGCCUUCAGAGAGAGAAAAAUGCUCCAGCAUUCAUCCAACAAGCUGUCAGUGAACUGGACAAGAAGUGGAAAGAUAUCAACGAUCUAGCCAAGGCCAAGCAUGAAAAACUGAAGAAACAAGUAAAAGACUGGGAGGGCUAUGAAGGAGAGAAGUCAACACUUCUUACUUAUCUGAAGAAAGCUGAAGUAGAGUUGGAAAAACCCAUUGAUUCUGUCAAUCAGGAGAAUGCCAUAAAAGAUUUACAGGCCAAGAAGGAACUUCAACAAACAUUAAAUAAAUUAAAAGGAAGUUUGACAGAAAUGACGAAGCUAAAUGCUCUUGUGGCUGUGGGAGCAAGCCGAGAACGUCAGGCACCACUGAAAGGGGAAGUGACUGACAUUGACAAAAGACUGGAGAGUGUGUCUCACCGCCUCAAUGCUAAGCUGACAGACCUAGAAGCCACAAUUGCCAAGUGGGCUGAAUACUACAAGAGGUUAAACAACUUCUGUGAUUGGCUGAAUGAAAAAGAGAGCAAGUUAAAUGAAAUUUAUGACAACAAACAAGAUUCUCCUGAUGCUCAGCUACAAAAAGCAGAGGGCAUCUCAAGUCAGGUGUAUGAGAACCAUGUGACUCUGGAAAACUUAGAGAAAGAUGCCAGAGGACUGACACAAAAUUUCCGGUCCAGAGAGACAGCAGCCCUUAAGUCUAAGCUGACCAGUGUCAGGAGACAGUGGGAAGCCUUAUGCACUAGAGCCAAAGACAGAAGUACAGCUCUGUCAGGCAACGUGCUCCACUGGCAGAAGUACCAAAACUACCUGGAGAAGCUCAUGCCAUGGAUCACCAAAGCUGAGAAGUAUUGCGCUACACAACUGCCAAAGUGUGCUUCUGUAGAAGAGGCAAAGGAUCUUUAUGAUAUUCAUCAGUCAUUCUUACAAGAGUGUGAGGAGAAUCUUCCACUAUUUGAACAAAUGUGCACAGAGGCCAGCUACUUAAUGGACCAGCCCAAUAUUCACCAAGAUGUGGAGAAUAUCCAGAAGAGGUGGGGUGGUAUCCUGUCCAACUCUGAGGACAGAUCUCAGAAAAUGGACAAAACAUUUUCUGCCUGGACAGCUUACAGCAAUGAGCUGGAGAACUUCCAAGAAUCCCUGGACAAGAUACACGCUCGUCUGGCCAAUGAUCCUAAUGUCAACACAUCUGAUGUCCAAGUCUUGGAACAUGAAUUGGCUCUGGCCAAGGCACUGCAAGAUGAGAUACGUAGUUACCAGCCACAACUUAAUAAUUUGGCUCGCCAGUUUGAAGUUGUUCAGACAUACUCCAGCCCAGAAGGUUUAAAAGUUUUGAAAUCAAAACAAGAUUCCAUCAAAAGCAACUGGAAAGAUAUCAAUGAUGAAGUCACAGAAAGGCAGAAAGUUCUAUCUAAUGCCUUGCAACAUAGGAAAAACUUUUACGGCAGACUUCAAGAUUCUGAAAAAUGGUUAAAAAAGAUGCAGAAAAACCUUGACUCUGGGAAUGAAAUCUACUCUGAUGAAGUUGGAGCAAUACAAGCUAAAUUAAAGAACUUUAAAGAUGAAUCCAAAUCGCAAGAGAAAUUUUUCCAAGAUUUGCAGCAAGAGUUUAAAGAACUGGUAGCAGUGUGUAGUGAAGAGGAAGCAGCUGUACUCAGUGAACGUUUCAACAAAAUUUUGGAAGGCUACACUCAAGUAGAGGAUCUCAUUGGCAGCAGACAAGAUUUAUGUGAAAAAUGGGUUGAUUACAGUGAGACACAGAAAGAAACUCAAACCAAACUAAAAGCUCUUCAGGCUCGCCUUGCUUCACCUAAUGUAAGUGAAGCAGAAGUUGCUCAAAUAAAACGUGAGAUAGAGGCAUUGCGCAAGUCUUUGAAGCCUUGGAACCAAGAAGCAGACAAUCUUGAUGACCUGAUGUCCACAGCUCAGAUGGUCAUUAAAGACAGAGCUACCCAGAGAACCUUACACUUUGGGUCAGAGCUGGCAACUUUGGAAAACCUGUGUGACCAGACAGGGGACUCAGCUAAACAAAAGGAAGCUCAGCUUGGUGAAAUUAAUCAAUUAAGUUCAGACUUUGUUCAAAAGAAAGAUGAUCUUGUUGAAAGUUUGAUCAAAAUUCAAGAGAAAUUAGAAUAUGCUAAAGCUAAGAAAUCGAAUCUUCAAGGAGUUAAAGAUUUGGUUAAAGAAAUAGAGACUAUUCGUGAUGAAAUGUAUAGUCACAACCCCGAGUAUGAACAACUAAGAGAACUUGGAAGACAAAUCAUGCAUAGCGACCCCACUAAAGCUGCAGCCCUUCAGCAACAACUUGGCCAGAUCAAUGCUGCAUGGGAAGACAUUCAAGCAAUGAUAGCAGAUAAACAUCAACGAUUCAAUGGUGUGGCAAGCAUAUGGCAACAGUACACUGAUGCUAAGCAAGGAGUUAUGAAGAUUGUUGAUGAUGUUCAACCUUUGCUACAGCAGGAUCUGGCUUUUUCUAAACAAGAAGAUGUGAAGAAAUCCUUAGACCAACAUAAGAACGCUGAAUUUGAGCUUCAUGCCAACCAGACACACCUAGAUCACAUGAAUAGCAAAGGUGUGCAACUCCUUGAAGAUCUCAAGUGCCUUCCCGAUUUUGACUUCUCAGGGAUGGAAAAUGAUCUGGAUGAAGUCAAUCUCAGAUGGGAAACAGCCAACUCUGUUAUUGAUGAACACAAAGAGAAUUUGGAAGCUCAGCUGAUUUGCUGGGACCAGAUUCGUUCUGGUGAGGAGGAGGUCAGUGCUUGGGUCAACUCUAUGGUCAGUAAACUAGGUGACAGCCUGAACCAGUUUGAUGACACUGUUACUGUAGAGGCAAGACUUGCCAAGUUUAAGGAUGAAGCACCUUAUUAUGAGGAGGUCAUGAAUGACGUGAAGCAGAAACUUAAAGACUUGCAAGAACUCAACAAAAACAAUUCAGUGCCUACCCUUGCUUCAACACAGCAAAACCUUCAACAACAGUUCCAGAAAGCUGCUUCUAUGGCUAAUCAGCUGGAGUCUAUCAUGACCAACUUCAAUGAUGAGCAGCAAGGUCUUCAACAAGUGAUGACUGACGAGACAGAAUGGAUGAACCAUCUUAAGGAAGCCCUGGCUAAAUGUGAUGAUGUAACUGGAAGCAAAGAGGAUUUAAUUGGCAGAUAUGAAAACACCAAGCAUCUUCUUCAAGAGCUGGCAUCCCACCAAAGACAAAUUGCUUCUAUUAAAGACAAAGCUGAUAACCUAAACAAAAAGUAUUCUUCUUCUGAGACUUCUAGUCUUGCUAAAGAUGGCGCUGUUGUUUCAAAGAAGUACGAGUCCCUCAUGCAGCGGGCAGAGAGGGUACAGGACUCAUUGAUAGCCCAGCUGGAGCAGCAGUGCACAGAGGCCCAGCAGCAGCAGCAGAGGUGGCUUAACACAGCCAAGGAAAAAGUUGGCUGGUGUGGGGACAUAGCUGGGGACCGCUACAGUGUGGAAGCCAAACUGGCAACUAUUCAGGAAAUGAAGGCAAGUCUGAAGGAAGGAGAGGAAAAGAGACAAGAAGCUAUUAAUAGAUUUGAUGCAAUAAAGGGAGUCUUACCAAAAGCCAAACAAGCAGAACUUGAGGAAAACAGAAAACUGAUGGAGAAAUCCUGGCAAAACUUGAUUCAGUCUAUUAAUCAGACAGAAUCUAAGCUUGAAAAUUCCAUGGACCAGUGGCAGCAAUAUGACCAGCGAUAUGAGACAUUGUCUCAAUGGUUGAAAGACACUGAAGCGUCCAUCAGAACUGAUUCAGCUCUGCAACCUGACAUACAUAGUAAAAAAGAACAACUGGAACAGUUAAAAGCCCUCGAGCAGACAAUUUUGUCACACAAAAAAGAAUUUGAGAACAUGCGUGACUCAGCUCAACAAAUUAGCCAAGUUAGUGGAGACAGCCGCACACUAUCGUAUGCUGGUCAGUUGGCCAGUCGUUACCAGUCACUGGCCUCUGCAGUCAAGGAACAACUAGCACAGAGUAAACAAAACAUAGAUGACCAUCAGCGCUAUGGUACCAGUCACAAGGCGGCACUGGACUGGUUGAAGACAGCACAACAGGAACUUGACCAGUGCUCUGAGAUGGUCAGAGAUGAGGACUCACUGGACAUUAAACUCUCAAUACUUCAAAAACUCAUUGCUAAAAAAGAUGAAGGUGCUGCUCACUUUAACUCAGCAAUUGAAGCUGGGGAGAAACUUUACCCCAACACGUCCAAUGAUGGCAGGGAGAACAUUCGCAGGGAGUUGCGCAGCCUGAGAGAGGCCUAUGAGACUUUUAAUGACAGUCUUAGUGAAACACAACGCCAGCUAGACAGCAGCCGAAUGCAGUGGCAAUCAUUUGAUGAAAACUUUGAACAGCUGAACAAGUGGGUGCUGGAUGUGGAGGCACAGAUUGAGCCUGACCCAGAACUUAAGUCUAGUUUACAGGAGAAGAAGGCCCUACUUCAGCAUUACAAGACUCGCUUUCAAGACAUACUAUCCCACCAAUCUAUGAUUGAUAAUAUCAGUGAUAAAGGGACAGCACUCUCAUCUUCUCAAGUCAAAAACAAACUUAAACAGCUGACAAACAAAUACCAAACACUGUGUAAAGCAGCAGAGAGCUGUGCAGAGAAAGCUGAGGACUAUGUGGAGGAACACCAGCAGUACCAAGACUUGUACCAGCAGUGUCGUGACUGGAUGAAUGCCACCAGAGAUAAAGUAGCUGUAUGUGCUGAAAUUGGGGGAGACAAGCAAGCUCUGCAGAAUAGAUUAGACAGACUACAGGAAAUAGUUUCUAGCCUGAAGGAAGGAGAAUCUAAAGUAAAAUCCGCCCAUCAACUAGGACAAAAAACUAUCCCCCACACAUCAACAGCUGGUCAAGCCAACAUCAAAAGAGAGCUAGAGUCACUGCAUUCUGACUGGGAUGGGCUGGUCAGCCACAUUGACAGUGCUGAACAAGAACUUGUCCAGGCUAUCAAAGCUUUGGAGAUUUAUGAUGGGUCAUGUGAUUUGUUAAAUCGUUGGCUGAAAGAUACUGAGUCACAGUUUAAAAAUACUGAGCUCAAAUCAACUUUACAAGAGAAAACAAAGCAAGUAGAAACAUUUAAGAAUUUACAAAGAGAAAUAAAUUCCAAGCAAGAUCAGUUCACCAAUCUACAAACCAUGUCAGCUCAAGUGCAGACAACUGAUUCCAGAUUGGCCAGCUACAGCAAUCAGUUGGGAACAAAAUAUCAGACACUUAAAAACCUGGCUAAGGAUGUGAUUGUAAAAUGGGAGGAUUAUGUGGAAGAACAUCAGGCUUUCCAAGAUAGCCAUGCCCAGUGCAUGGAGUGGGUGGACACUUUAAGGAAGCGACUGCAAGUUUGUGCAGAUCUUGCUGGAGAUAAACAAGAUGUAGAGGACCGCAUGCAAAAAUUACAAGAACUGUCUGCUGAAAAAGAUGAAGGAGCCAAUCAUAUCCACCAGACAACAGAAAGUGGUGAACGUCUCUACCCCAGCACGUCAUCUCAAGGCAGGGACAUUGUAAGACAGGACAUCAGAAACCUCAGGGACAACUGGGAAGCUUUGAGGGAUGAGAUUUGUGAUGUCCAGCGCAAGUUGGACAUUAAUCUCAACCAGUGGUCAUCCUAUGAUGAAAACUUUGAAGUCUUCCAAAAGUGGCUUCUAGAUAUGGAAGUUAAACUAAAGGAAGAUUCUGAGUUGAAGUCUUCACUGCCAGAGAAGAAAGCUCAACUACAAAACCACAAGGUGCUACAUCAAGAUAUUGUCUCCAGAGAACAUAUCAUUGAAAACUUGACAGAAAAAGCUCAGGCACUUACACAGUCCACUCCUUCUGCUAAAGUAAAAAAAUUUGUUGGAGAACUGAAGCGCAAGUAUGACACCAUCUGUUCAACAUCCAAGGCUAUUUUGGACAAGCUGGAUCACUCCAUGCAGGACCACCAACAGUACCAAGAUGCAGCCCAAGAUUUCACAGAGUGGCUCAACUCAGCCCAGGAGAGACUUGCCGCUUGUUUUGACAGAUCUGGUGACAAACUCUCCCUACAAGCCAAAAAGGAGAGGCUCAAGGAAUUUUCAUUGAAUAUCAAAGAGGGCCAGAAAAAGCUCCAGAGCACAGAAGAAAUGGGAGCCCUAACAGCAAGGAACACAUCGCCCCAAGGCAAGGACGUGCUACACCGUGAGCUGGAGCACAUGAAGAGAGAGUGGAAUGACUACCUUAACCUUAUGAAUCAGGCAGAAACUUCCCUGGACCAAACUAUGGGCAUGUGGGGGGAGUUUGAAUCCAAGUUUGAAGAGUUUGCUCAUUGGCUAAAGAACAUGGAGCAGAAAGUCAAAGGACAUGACCUUAAAAAUACAUUAAAGGAAAAACAGAAUCAAGUAGAUGUAUUUAAGAAACAAAGAGAAGAAAUCAUCAGCCACCAAACAGAAAUUGACAAGUUCACUGACGAUGCCCAGAACCUUAUGCACACAAGUUCAGAUGUUCGUCUGAGCACACAGGUGUCUCAGCUGACCAACAAGUACCAGGGCUUGCUGUCACUGGUCAAGGAUCUGAUCACAAAGUGGGAGAAGUACGUUCAGGAUCACCAGAUGUAUGACAACCGUAUGGAAGAAUUCAAGAAGUGGCUGGUCCAAGCCAACCAUAAACUUGGUCAGUGCUCACAGCCGGUCAAGGACCAGGGAGCAUUGGAGGAGAAGAGAGCCUUAAUACAGAUGCUGUUCACAGAAAAAGAGCAUGGUCACCAGAAGCUCAUGUCCACACUUGAAGCAGGUGAAAAACUGUAUCCUGAUACAGGUGCUAAUGGGCGGGACAGAAUCAGAUCAGACCUACGGACAGUGAAGCAGGAUUGGGAAAAUCUUUUAUCUGGACUCAGUGAUGCCCAGCGCCACCUGGAUUCUUACCUCCAUCAGUGGUCAACUUAUACAGAUGGACAGGAUCAGAUGCUACGCUGGAUGGCUGAAACAGAAACAGCUCUGAGAGCAGAUAAGGAUUUGAAGAACAACUUACAAGAAAAGAGGCAACAACUGCAAGCUCAAAGAGGCUUACUUCAAGACAUCACUUCCCACCAAAGGCUGGUAGACUCUGUGAUUGAGAAAGCUCAGGGUGUUUUGAAGAGCACAUCCAACUCAGAGGUGUCAGACUUCAUCUCUGAUGUCACUUCAAGAUAUGAAAAACUUCACACUGAAGCCAAGCACCAGAUUGAAAGAUCUGAGCAACAUGUACAGCUACAUCAACAAUACCAAGAAGGCAUGCAAGCUGCUGUGGACUGGAUGACCCUCAUGAAAGACAGGCUGACCCUGUGUUCUGACACCAGUGGAGACAGACACACCAUCCAGGGCAAGCUUGACCGCCUGCAUGAACUUUUAGGCUGCUUAUCAGAAGGUGCAGGUAAAAUAAAGGAGUGUGAAAACUAUGCUCAAGGUACAAUGGAUACAACUGGACUCAAGGGUUGCCAAGCUAUCCAAUCAGAACUUGAUGUUUUACACACCAACUGGGAGGACUACUGCAACAAGCUCAACUCUCUGAAAGAGAGCCUUGAGCAAGCCUUGCAUUACUGGAGUCUAUACGACUCAAGCCAUCAGCAGCUGACUGCAUGGCUCAAAACUAAUGAGAAGCAGAUCAAAGAGUGUCCCCUUGUGUGUACCUUGGAUGAGAAAAGAGAACAGCUGGCCAAGUACCAGGAACUAUGGCAUGAGAUAAAGAACCAGCAGAGAGAUGUGGACAAAUUCACAGAUGAAGCCCAGACUCUCCAGCACCUGACAUCAGAGUCACGGGUGGGAAACUUUGCUUCACAGCUAGCCACAAGAUACCAGUCACUGCUCACUUCUGCCAAGGAUCUGAUAAGAAAAUGUGAACAAAAUGUGGAGGAUCAUGAGGCCUAUAAGACUAAGUAUGCUGAAAGUUCAUAUUGGCUUGAGAAAGCUAAGAAAAAGUUUGCUGAAUGCACAGAAUCUGGAGGUUCAAGGGCUGAGUUAGAAGAGAGGCUUGAAAAAGUUCAGGAACUUGUUCAUGACAGAGAUGCAGGAUUGGCUAAACUGAACCAAAGUGUUGAGUCGGGAGAGAGACUGUAUCCUGCCACUGCACCAGACGGCCGUGAGGCUAUUCGUCAAGACCUGCACAAGCUUAAGCUGGGAUAUGAAAACAUGUUUGAUGAGUUGUCUGCCCUUCAGAGGAAACUUGAAGUGUCCCUGGUCCAGUGGACAUCAUUUGAUGAAAGUUAUGGCCAGGUGGAACACUGGCUGAAACAUAUGGAAUCUCAGCUAGAGGGACAAACACCACUGAAAUCAACUUUAGAGGAGAAAAAGUCACAGCUGCAUAACUAUAAGGCCCUCCAACAAGACGUCACGUCCUACCAGAGGGUUAUUGAGAGCAUCAGUGAGAAAGCUUCUAGCCUUGUCCAGACCAACAGUGACCGGGAGCUGUCCAAAUUUAUUUCACAGACAGGAACUCGUUACAAGAAACUCUGUGCCUGUGCCAAGGAGAGAGUUAGCCUGUAUGAGGAUUAUGUCAGUGAACAUCAACAAUACAGUGAUAUGUACAAUGCAUGUGUUGACUGGUUGAACGCCAUUCGUGAAAAGUUGUCUUCAUGCUCGGAUGUUUCAGGAGAUAGGAAUGCUAUCCAGAGUCGGCUUGACAAAAUACAGAAACAUUGUAGCCCCCUAAACACAUCAGAUAGAUUAUUUUCAAAUGUGCAAGAUAUUCUGACAACAAAGAUGGAAGGCGAACCUAAGGUUAAGGAAGUGAUUGAGUUGGCUGAUCAGGUCCUCCCACACACUGCAGCACAAGGUAGGGAGGUCAUCACAAGAGACACAGAGGCACUAAAGGCUGAAUGGGAGGCUUUUAUCAAAGCUAUGGCUAAGACAAAGAAGGAUCUUGAAGCUUGUAUGAGUCAAUGGAAAGGUUUUGAAAACUAUUAUGAAUCUUGCUCCACAUGGCUAAAAGAUCUAGAAACUCGGCUCAGAGACAUUGAUCUGAAGGCAACACUCCCGGAGAAGCAAAACCAGCUGGAGAGGCUGAAGGCACUGCAAGGGGAGGUAGCAAGUCACCAAAGAGAUUUAGAUUCCUUAAGUGAUGCUGCCCAAGAUCUGGUUAGACUCAGUGCAGAUUCUCGAGUCAUAAGUCAGGCAUCUCAGUUGACAACAAAGCACCAGACAGCCCAAAUCAAUAUUAAGGAGCUGUGUCGUAGGUGGGAGCAGUAUGUGCAAGAUCACAAGGCCUACAUUCAACUCUUUGACCAGUGCCGAACAUGGGUGACUCAGAUGAAGAAAAAAGUCUCUAAUGUUGUAGACACCAGUGGUGAUAAAAGAACAGUUCAAGACAGGCUAGGCUUAGUACAGGAACUUCUAAAUGAGAAAGAGGAAGGCAUCCACAUGCUGCAAGUUGCUUUAGAUAACCUGCAGAUGGUCCUACCCAAUACUUCAGUUCCUGGGCGGGACAACUUGAGACGGGACAUGCAGAUGUUACAGCAAGAAUAUGACAUUUUGUCUGCUGAUCUUAACGAUGCCAAGACCCAGCUGGAUGGCACACUGGCUCAAUGGACAAUGUAUGAUGACAGCAUUGAGCAGCUGCAAAGAUGGCUCAGAGACCUGGAAGCACAGAUGGAGUCUGAUGCACAGAAACAAAAUACACUUCAAGAGAAAAAGUUACAACUGGAGAGAGUAAAGGUUCUACAACUGAACAUCUCCAGCCAACAAAGCACCAUAGAUAAUCUGAAUGAAAAAGCCUUGACCUUGAAAAAGAACAGCCGUGAUGGUAACUUGGGAGGUCAGAUAUCUCAAGUCAUCAGCAGAUUUGAGCAGCUGGUGAAGAGAGCUAAGGAACUAAAUGAACAAUGUGAGAAAAAUUUGAGAGACCAUCAGAUCUACAGAGACACCUAUAUGGACACAUCUGAAUGGCUGGGUGCAGCCAUGGAAAAACUUAGCAUGUGCAGCGAUACUCGUGGGGAUAGACAUGCCAUUGAGGCACAGCUUAGUAAAGUUGAGGAAAUAAUGUUGACAAGUGAUGCAGGUAAACAGAAACUGGCUGAAGCACAACAGAAAGGUAAACUUGUUAUCCCUGAAACGUCCAGCCAUGGCCAAGAUCUGAUUCGCGAGGAACUGACCAUGUUGACCAAUGAUUUUGAGGCCUUUGAAGCUGACUUAAGUGACCUAACUGAAACAUUAUCAACACUGAAAGACCAGUGGACUUCUUAUGAAAUAUUCUAUGAGGAGCUGAGCCAUUGGAUCAAGGACACAGAAAACAGUAUAAAGACUGAGUCGGACCUAAGGGCUACUCUUGACCAGAAACUUCGUCAAUUAAACAAUCAUAAGUCUGCUCAUGAAGACAUACUUAGACAACAAGAGUCAUUUAAUAAACUGGCAGAGAAGGCAAGAAUUCUUAUCCAGUCUUCCACAGAUGGGAGAGUUUCAACACAGUUACACCAGCUCAGCACCAGAUAUGCUGCCCUCAUCACUUUCUCUAAAGAUCUGUUGAAAAGGUAUGAGCAGACAGUCCAGGAACAUGACCAUUACAGUGAGGCUUACACCAGAGCAAGAUCUUGGCUAAAAGAAACGCGUGUUAGGCUGUCAGUGUGUGCUGACACAUCAGGUGAUCGAUACACAGUCCAGAGCCAGCUGGAAAAGCUGCAGGAGUUUUUUGUGAUCAAAGAGGAAGGACAAAUAUUUUUGCAUUCUGCAAUAACUUGGGGAGAAAAAACUAUGGGCAAUACCUCAGUUGAAGGGAGAGAAGUCAUCAGAAAUGAGCUAAAUCAGUUACAGAUAGAAUGGGAUCAUUUGAUUUCUGAAGUAACAGACACCAAAGUGCUGUUAGAAUCUUGUUUGCUGCAGUGGAGUGAUUACAAUGUGUCACAUGACCAAGUCUUGAAGUGGUUGAAAGACAUGGAGAAGCGCUUGCGGGAGACAACACCUAAAGGAGAUCUAGGGGAGAAGAAGGCAGAGCUGCAGAGAAUUAAAGGUCUGUACCAAGAUAUAGUCUCUUAUGAGCAAAUGGUAGAGUCAGUUUCCUCUAAAGCAACAGAUCUAGCGGAGAAAAGCCCAGCCAAUAGAGCAACCAUAGAUACGUCUCAGAUACAAGGCAGAUAUGUCAGUGUGAAGGAACAAGCCAAGGAGUUGCUGGCUCGCAGUGAGCAAAAUGUUGCACACCAUCAGGACUUCAUUGACAGCUGCAACAGUUUUGCAUCAUGGUUACGCACAGCUACAGAGAAGCUUGCCACUUGCUCAGACACAUAUGGUGAAAAAUCAGCAAUAGAGAGUAAAGUUGACAGAGCAAAGUCUUUGCUGACGAACUUGAAUGAAGGAGCUCAACGCCUAUCUCAUGCAGUUAAGGCAGGGGAAGCCACUCUUCCCAGUACAUCAGCUUCUGGACAAACUAAAAUUAGACAAGAGUUGCAAGCAAUCAACAGAGAAUUUGAAGAAUUUCGCCUACAUCUAGUUGAGGCCCAAUCUGAUUUAGAAAUUUGCUUGACCCGGUGGAAUGAGUUUGAGCAAAGCUACCAAGAAUUCAGCAACUGGCUGAGGGUAGUGGAGGUGCUGCUCAGAAGUGAGCUGGAUUUGAAAGCUACAGUAGAAGAGAAAAAACACCAUUGGGAGGAGUAUCAGCUUCACCUAGAAGAGGCUGUCUCCCACCAGUCUUCCCUAGACAGGGUCAGUGAAAAAGCCCACGCCUUGCUACAGACUAAUGCUGAUGCCAAGACAUCCCAUGCCAUCACACAGCUAACCACUAGGUACCAUGGUGUCAUCGCUCUGGCUAAGGAUACAACUGUCCACCUAGAGUCUAACUACAACCACCACAGACUGUACAAACAAAACCAUCACCUGUUCAUAGAUUGGCUAAGGGAGAUCAAACAGAGACUACAAGUCAUUCAUGAUGACAAGGGAACCAAGGAAACUGUCUACAGCAAGCUCAGAGAACUUGAUGAAAUUCAAGGUGGGCUAGAUCAAGGCCACACUAUCCUCCGUACAGUCCUGGACAGCUGUGAGAAGACACUACCAAACACCAAUCAGAGGGGAGUUCAUGUUUUAAGGGGGGAGGCUGACAGUGCCAAGCUGGAAUAUGAAAAUGUGCUCACACAAGUUUCUCAGGUAAAACGCAGCCUUGACAGUGCCCUAAACCACUGGUCAGACUUUGAUGACCUGUACCAGCCAAUGCUGGACUGGCUAACAGAUCUAGAGCUCAGGCUUGGCUCUAGUCCAGAGUUUAAAACUGAUCUUCCUGAGAAACGCUCAAGUCUUGAAAGAUAUAGAGCUCUGUACUCAGAUAUAAUUGCCCAUAAGGAACAACUGAACAGGCUUGAAGAAAAGGCUGGGCAAGUGAAAGAUGGUCUACCCAAAUCAAAAAUAGCAGAAAUCAAGUCCAGGUUUUCAGUUCUACUUGAUCAUGCCAAGGAAUAUGUUGGCCAUGUUGAAGAGCAAGUGGUAAGUCAUGAAGAAUACAGAAAGUCCUACAUUGGCUGCCUAGACUGGCUGGCCAACACCAAACAUAGAUUACAACGUCUGGCUGAUUAUUCUGGUGACAAGAGAACACUUCAAGAUCGACUGCAUCAAAUUAGGGAGCUGAAAUCAGAACUGACCCAAGGGCAAACAAUGCUGAACCACACAGCCUCUCUAGGAGAAAAAGUUUGUCUGACAACAUCACCUCGUGGGCAGGACUUGAUUCAUAGGGAGGUGGAAAGUCUGCGGGAUGACUGGAAAUCUUUCUCUGCAGCUUUUGGUGAUGUUGAGCACAACCUAGAGGUGAGCAUUUCUCACUGGAUGCAGCUGGAUGAAGAACACCUCAACUUUUCCAGCUGGCUGGAAAGGAUGGAAGCCCGUGUCAGGAGUUGUCUGGAAACAAAGGCCAACCAGACAAGGAAACGGAGCCAAUUACAGGAAGGGGAGGACCUUUAUGACGAAAUCCUAGGCCACAAAUCAGAACUGAACCGUGUGAAAGAUAAAGGCGAAUCUAUUGCCCAGCGCAGCAGUGAUAUAAGGGUCUCAAACAACCUUAUGCAGCUCUCAAAUAAAUACCAGUCUCUUUGUUCACUGGCUAAGACUACUGUGGCCAAACUCCGAGAAUAUGUCAAUGACCACAGACUGUAUGAUGAGGCCUUGGACUCGGCUGCAUCAUGGUUAAAACAAAUGAAGAAACGUGUACAUGCUUGCAGUGACAGUUCUGGGGACUGGCAUACUAUACAGGACAGAAUAGAAGAUAUCAAAGAUGUCACAGCAAGCAUGGACAUAGGACUUCAGAAAGUAAAUUAUGUUUGUGACCAAGCGGAGAAAAUCCUCCCUCAAACUUCCCUGGAAGGUAAAAAACUAAUUGAAGAACAAGUAACUGAGCUGACCAAUGAGUGGGAGGAGCUAAACUCAGCCAUAGGGGACUGUACUGCCAUGUUGGAGGGGGUGCAGCAGAGAUGGCACGAGUACGAGCAGUACUAUGGCAGUCUGGUCAAGUGGGUGGCAGAUCUAGAGAACUUCUUGAGGGGACCACCAGAAGCCUGCGCUCAUCUGUCUGACAGGAAAACACAGCUUGAUAAGUACAGGAUGAUAUUGUCUGAUAUAGAGAGCCAUCGCAGGCUGGUCAAUGAACUGGCUGACAGGGUUGCUAAUCUAGAAGCCCUCUGUGACAACCCUGAGGUUUCAGAUUCUCUUUCUGACAUUCAGAGCAGAUACUCCAAAAUUUUACACAGAUCUAAGGAGCUGGUAGAAAGCCUUCAACAUGGGUAUGAGGAGCAUCAGUCAUUCUUUGAAGCUCAACAAGAUUGUGAAAGGUGGCUGUACAGCAUGUCAUACAAACUUAUGUCGCUGAACACCUUGCAUACUACGACCAUGGAGCUGACCAGCAGACAGAUUGACAAGCACAAGCUUAUUUUAACUGAGAUAGAAGAUUAUCGCCAGACCUUGGAUGCUGUUUCACGUCUUGGCCAACAACUUAUUGUAAACAACUCACGUGUACCUAACUUAGCAACCCAGGUGAACGCACACCUGACCAAUCUUGAAGAAAGUUACUUAAAUCUACAAACUACAGCACACCAGAUUAGGGACAGAUUGAAUGAAAUAUUUCAGAAAUGGCAGUCAUACAAAAAUCUGCUAGAUUCUUCUCAUGACUAUCUCACCAAAAGCUUUCCUGACUGGCUGGCACUAGCUGAGAAAAGCAUACCAGACACUCUUGAACAAACUCAGAAGCAAAGAGAGGAGACUCAGGCGGAGCUGGAGAAACUGAUGGCCAUGAAACAAGCACUAGUUAAUGCACUGAAACAAUGCAGCAAUGUGGGCAGCACUGAAGAUCUGGACAAAGCAGAGGAGAAAUUAGAAUCAGCUGUGACACAGUUUGCUGAGCAGGUCCACUCUGAGAUAUCUGCAUGUGUCAACCAGGCAGAGAAGCGUCUAGAUCGACUUAGAGAAAUGAUGCUGAAAUGGGAUUCAGUAGACAAAAUGAGACAAGAUCUCCGUCAUUGGCUACGAAUAAAACAAGAAGAGUUAGAUGAGAUGGAGAACCAGCCUAGUAAAUUACAUACAGAAGCUGCUGAGUUAGACAUAGAGAGGUUAAAGGCCUUCCAAGAUGAAAUAAGAUUAAGAUCAUCAGCAAUAGAAGAACUACAAAAUCAACACAGGUCCCUGACUGAACACAACCCUACAGUUAUAGAUCCUGUUAUACAAGCUAUUAAGGAUGACUGGGAAGAGAUGUUGGGCCAGUUGGACAUACUGAUACAUGAACGUGAGACUGCAAUGGCUCAAGCCAAGGCUUUACAGGCCCAUCAAGAAACCAUGGAUGAAGACUUGGAGAACUAUGCUAGAGAACUGGAGAAACUGGACAGGACAGGCAAUGCAUUGUUGGACAAGAGUCUUCAAAUGCAGGCCCUGGCUGAGGAGAUCCACAGUAAACUGGCGUCCAUCAUAGAGCUGAGAGAUGAGGGGGAGGCUGUCAAGGCAAAACUCAGCCAGCAUGACCAGGACCUUGUUACUGAGAAGAUAAAAGAUAUAGAAGAAAAAUACAAAAGUCUGGAAACUUCGAUUCAGCGCAAAAUGAAAGGGUACAGCAUGAUAGAAGCAGACCUGAUAGAAAUCAAAGAGGAGGCAAGUUUAUACAUUCAGUGGCUCACUGAACAGGAGGAGAGAAUCAUAGCUGAACAGUCACAUACAAACAUAGAAGAAUUACAGUAUCUAGAAUAUGAACUUCAACAGCGAAGAGUUAUCCUAGAAUCUGUAGAUCAGAAAGUACGUUCUAUCCUGAGUGAUCUACCAUCUGAAGAACGAGAAGCAUUUGGCCAGCUGGUGGUUUCUCUUCAGGAAAGACAUAACAAACUGCAGAGCUGUGUCAAGGAGAAGUGUCAAAACUUGGAAGAGAUGUCUGAGAAAAUAAAAGAACUGACUCAAACAUUUGAGAAACAGAUGCAAUUGCUUGAUGAAAGAGAAAAAGAAAUAAACCAGUUUCAACAGGCGAGGCUUGAAGCAGUCAAUGUUGAGAAACAGCUAGAAAAAUGCAAGUGUGUGGUGGUCAAGGUGGACAAGCUAAAGGAGAGGCUGGACGGGACAUUAGCAGAGAGUCUCAGUCAAGUUUCAAACUGUCAACAUGCUGACACAUCACAGCUGGACCUAAUUCUGGAAGGAGUAAGAACAAAGUUAACAAGAGUUCAGGAAACUAUCACCCAGAGAAUGAAUUUCCUACAAAACUCACUGCAGUCUAGAAGAAAAUUUGAAACUGAUUGCCAGACUAUUGAUAGAUGGUGCAAUGACACAGAACAUUUGCUAGAAGAUCGUCUGCUUAAAGACUGUUCUGUUGAGAUCAAAGAGGAGGAGCUACUGAGAUUAGCAACUCUGCAGACCUCAGUGCAUGAAUUUCAAUCUUUUGUACAAGAAACAAAAACACUUGGAGAGAGUUUUCUGUCUUCUCUUAUUGACAGCGAUGCACCUGUUCUUCAUGAACUGUUAGAGAGAUUGGAAUCAAAAUAUAGCAGCGUGUCACAGAAAUCAUCAGAGAAGAAAGUUAAUUUAGAAGAAGACAUCAAGUUACAUAAAAAGAUUCAGGCUCAGAUAGCAAGUGCUCAGUCAUUUCUUGCACUCUGCCAAGAUAAGCUGAAGGAAUUAAAUCUUCCUCUUGGACCUAGUGCACAAGAUGCAGAUCAUAGGCUUAGGAUGUCUCUGAAGUUAAAAGAACAGCUAGAUGAGUACCAGGAGAGUAUUAGGGAACUUGCAAGUCAAGCUCCAGACCUGAGUCAUGUUGGUCAUGUGACUGACAGUGUGUCAAAGAUCACAGCCAUGUACCAGGCGUUGUCCCAAAAUGUGGGCCAACAUGUUAAAGUUUGCAGCUCAGAACUAGCAGUAAGAAAACAGUUGGAGCAAACUAUAGCCAUUCAGGGGACACAGCUCACAGACAUAGAAACAAGGGUCAACAACUUCCUUUCUGUAAAUACUUCAUUAGCAGAGUGGAUAGAAUUUUAUAAGGAAGUUGAUGCAAAACUAGGUAAACUGGAAACUGAGAUGCUUCCAUCAUUAGAGGGAGAUAAACAUGUUGGCCACCCACGUGAAGAUAAUGAAUCAUCAGCUGCUAUAAGUGACAAUUUAAACAGACUCAGUCAGCUAAAAUCAAGAGUAGAAGACAGUCUGCAACAAGCUGAGAAAAUUCAGUACAAAGCUGAUAAUUUUAAACUGGCUGCAACAGAUAUGGUAUCUUGGCUUGAAGAAAAAAGUAUUGCUCUGGCCACAUGUGGUACUCUUCCUCUGGACUCCUGUCAAGUCCUUGUUGCCAUAGAAAAACAUAAGGCUACAUCAAGUGAAGCUUCUGAGAAACUUGAGUCAUUUAAAGGUCUUGCAGCAUCAGUGCAAGAAAUGUACACAAAUCUUGGUCUGUCUUUACCCAGAGACUUCACAGAAAAGCUGGUCCAAGUUCAAGCUCUAGAAGAUUCAAUCAUGGCUGCAGUAAGAGAGAAAGAAGACUAUCUGAAUGUUGCACUCCGUGACAGAAAACAGUUUGAGGAUUCAACCAAACACAUUUCUCAUUGGUUGAAAGAAGCAGCUUCUCUGCUGGAUUCUGGUUAUGAUGGAUUGGAUUAUGAUACACUGGAUGGAACUCUAAGCAGCUUUACAGAUUAUUUUUCUGAGUCAAGUGUUUGUGGGGAAGAGCUGGCCAGAGCUAGCCAGUCAUCAGAGCGCCUGCUGCCCACACUUGACAUCAAUGAUAGGGCCACAAUGGAGCAGAUCCUGAAAAAUGUCAACCACAAAUACUCAACCACAAGCUCUACAGCACACAGCAAGCAAGAACAUGCCCAGCAAAAACUUGAAGCGUGGAACAAAUUUAAGGCAAGUUUAGCUGAGCUGAGUGAAAAACUUGAAGCCCUGGAGGUAGAUUGGGAACAAGUUGACAAGAAUGCUGAUGCAAGUCCAGAUGCUGUCCAGGCACACCUGCACAAUGUCAAGACAUUCCUGUCAAGGGCAGACACUUGUCGCAGUCUGGUUGACAGUCUAAACGACAUGGCAAGAGAUCUCGAACGUGCAGGAAAUGUCAACAGUCGUGCUCACCUGAACCGUAAGGUCAGCUCUGUCAACAGCAGAUGGGAGCAGCUGACAGGUCAAGCUGAAGCUAGAGUUCUGUCCCUUGAGGAGCUGGGUGGCCAGUGGUGUGACUUCAGCACAAUGCUGUCAUCUCUACAAAGUGUCAUCUGUGAGUCUGAGCACAGGUCAAGUACUGUAUCCAGGGGUGCCAUGUCAUACACACAGCUUCAGCAGCGCAGUCAGGAAAUUAAGGAGAUCCUUGAUACUUUGGAAAACCUGGAGCCACAGGUGACACGCCUGCACUCAACCAGGCUGACUCUACAGAGAGCUCUCCCUACAGCAGAGGCUAAAAUAGCUUCACAGGGGCAGUUUUUAAAUCUUGUUGAAAGAUACGAAAGACUGCUGAGUCAGGUGAGAGAAGAGUAUGCAGCUGUUCAAGCUGAGCUUGACCAACAUGAUGAAUACAUGUGCAGCAUAGACCAAUCUCUCACUGGGCUCCACACUUUGCUGAUGGAUGUCCGCACCAUUACAUCAGAGACUUCUGGGAUGGAGAAAGCUUUAACAAAACUACAGAACUACGAACAAUCCCUGGCUGCAAGUGUGGAACACAACAAGCAGCUAGCAUCAAGCCUGGAGUACAGCUACACCUCGCAGGGCCAGAUGUUUCCUAUGGAGGUCCAGGACAAGCUGGUCGAGCUCCAUCAGCUGGAAGCAGAAACUCUGGCGGCAGUGAAGGAAGCUGAGGAGGAGUUGUUCAACUUGGCUGAAGAUAGAGCUGAGUACAGGGCCUUGCUUCAGGGGGUGACAACAUGGCUACACAAGACUGACAUUUACCUAAGGGAGAGAAUCCUCGACAUUUCAGAAGCCACGUGCAAGCAGCAGACAUUAGAGCAAGAAUUUGAAGAGGUCAAAGUUCACCUUCAACGAUUGAGGACAAAGGGAGGGGACAUAAUCCAAAAGUCUUCAGAUUCUGAGGAGAAACAAAGCGUCCAAAAAACUCUGUCUGACGUCAACCGACAGUGGCUCACAUUACAGUCACGAGCAGGGGACUACGCCAAAGAACUUUCAGAAGCUGCUGAUCUAUCUCAUGCUAUUGAUGAUGUAACCAACGGUCUACGGAAGUGGGUGGAGCAAGCAGAAAAAUUAGUUCUUGUUGACAUUGAAUGGACCAAUCGUGAUGGACUUAAAGAAGCUUUAAAAGUCCACAGGAGGGUCCAGAAGGAAUUGGGCAACAACGUGGACAAGGUGAUAGCCCUGAAUGCUAUGGUCAAGCAGCUAGAGCAGGUGUGUGAUUCAUCAAGAAACAUGGUGAGAGUAGACGAGCUGCGGCAGAGAGUAGAGGCCAUACAGAUCAAUACAGACGCCCAUCUCUCUACACUGGAGGAUGUGAACAAAAAGAUAGAUGAGCACGAGAAGGAGAUCAAUGAACUGAUGAAAUGGAUUGAACAAACCAGGCAGAGGAUGACCAUGAGGGACACAACUAUUGACCUGCACAAUCAACUGGCCAUACAGGAGCGCCUGUACGACGAGGUGCUCAAGAACAAGGCGCUAGCUGAUGAGGUCGUGGCCCGCAGUCCGGACACCAACAGUCAGACAGAUGAGCUGACGGCGUCUGGCGAGCCGACCUUGACCCCUGCAAUCCGCCUGACAUCAGAAAUGACCCACCUGGAGACGGCUGCUCGAGAACAGCGCGAGAGUCUACAGCUGGCUGUCAUGCAGCAGAACCGCUACGACAGGGAGCGACAGCAGCUGGAGAAGACCAUUGCUGAAGCCGAGGAGAAACUCCAAGCCUCGUCUGAGACGGCCACCAGUGUUGCCGCCCUCAAGCAGCAGAUCGCCGAUAGAAAUACUCUGACAGCCCAGAUCCAGCAGGACAAAAUUAAGGUCAACGAGAUUGUGGAGAAACAGCGGCAACUCUUCCUGGACAGCGCCCAGCUCAGCCCCAAUGUCUUCCGCAAACACUAUCUCCCCGAGUCGGCCUACAGCGACUUUUUCUCAGCGGCGGCCCAGCACCAGAGAGGAACCUCGCCCCUGCCAACCUCCAGCAACCUGUUCUACGACACAAUGCCAACCUUCGUCUACGACACGCCGCGACUCUCGGACGCUCCGGCGUCAAUGUUUUCUGACUCGGACAUAAAUGUUUCACGUGACUCCCAGGCCGGACAGUCCCCGGCGUCAGAGAGAGAGUUGCCGUCGCUGUCCUUUGAACUGCCCAAGAAAAUCCCCCCACCCCGUACAGACAGUAUACCCAGGCCGACGUGGAGCGACAACAUCCCUUCCCUGGCCUCACCGUCACACGAGCUAGCGGGCAGCCUGAGCCUGACCCGCUCGCUGGACAGUCCACUCACCACGACACUGGAACCCGCAGUUGAGCAAACAGAUGUAGGCGAUGACGUUUGGAACAAACUUCAGCAGGAGAUGGAUGCUAAGGAAAAACAGUUGGAGGCAUCUCUGCAGAAACAAGAACAAUACCAACAGGCAGUACAAGACCUGACAGCUAAAAUCGAGAGAGUGUCCAUCAGACUGGCUGAAAGCCCUGCCUCACAGUCUGCCUCACUAGACAACCAGAUGCUGGAGCAUGAGGAAGUUUUAAAAGAGAUAGACACUAUUAAAGAAGAAAUUGAGCGAGUAAAAGACUUGAAUCAAGAGUUGGCUAGCAGUUCUGACCAAGAGGGCCAUAAGACAACCAAGUCCACUCUUACAAUGCUGGAAGAUAGACUCCACAACCUGCAAACAAUGGCAGAAGAUAAGGGGAAAACACUCCAGGAGGCCAAGACCCAGAAAGAGAACCAUGCAAUAGCCUACCAAAUCUACAACACAGAAGUUGAUGACCUGCGCAGGUGGCUAGAGGAAACCAAACUCCAGUCUACAGCUGAUGGGUUGGAGGAUGAUGAGCUAGAUCUACAGUGGCAGCUAGAUCAAAAUAAAGUCAUUCAGGAAGAAAUCAACAAGAGGUUGUGUCUCAUGUCUGACUUGGCCCUCCAGUGUGAUCAGCUGUGUGGCAGUGAGUCCCCAGAGACAGCAGAGGUCUUAAGGUCUCAACUUGCAGCCCUGCAGAAUGACCUUGGUCAGUUUAAGUUGUUUACAAUUGAAAAACAAAAUCAUCUUCGUGCUGCACUGAAGGAGGCAGAGAGAAAGAAGAGGGAAAAGGAUGAGCAAGAAGCCUUAGAGCACCAGAAAUGGAUGGCAGACAUGAACAGUUUGAAAUUAGACUCAGAGAGUUCUUCACUCUCACUGCAGAGGCAGUUUUCUAAGGAGCUGGUGACUGACCUCCAGUCUCACAAGCAGUUGGUCCAAGAAAUCUCUGACCACAAGCUGCGAGCCGCUGCCCAUCAGCAGACAUCAGAGACAGAAAUCAGACUCAACUGGCAGCGUCUCAGCUCAGAGCUGACUGUUAAAAAACAAAGUCUCGAGGCAAUCUUGAGCUCAAAUAACCUAGGGGACCUGAUGAAAGUGACACUACAUAGUACAGGUCUACAUGAGAGCUGCAAUCAAAAGUUGGAGGAGGUCAGGUUGUUGGUGUCAGAUAUAGGCCAACAAUGGGAUCAAUUGGUACAGGGGCAGAUAACUGCUGAAGACAUCAUCAACAUACAAGAGCAAUACCAGUCAGCACUUGAAAGCUUGUCUGUGUGUCUUGAUCUGGCACAAGAGCAACUGUUUACAGGCCCUGCUGCUAGUCAGGACCAUCUGAGGCUAAACCAGAACCUACAAAGACAGAUGCAAUCAAUUAAAAGGGAGGUCACCAACUUAAUUGAACAUGUAGGAGUUGCCUUCUCAUCUGCCCACAACUUUACAAACCAAGACCUGAUAAAGAAAUGUUUGGAGGAUUUAAAAGGCUGGGAGGAACUGAUUGGAGACACGGCUGUGUCUCAGGGAGAAGAUCUGGCUAGAGCUGACAGAGAGAGGACCAUUUACCUGGCUGAGCUCACUGAGCUAAGGCUAAGUCUACAGGACAUGCACAGGCUGCUUGCACCAUCUGGGCGGCUCUCACUAGAGGACCAGCUAGAGAAUAGUCAGUUGAUUGAAGCUCAGCUUCAGAAAUGUGAGAGUCAGCUACAAAAGUUGAGAGAAUCCAACAUGUCUGCAGAACAUGGAAACAUGUCUGAACUAAACACAUUACAGUCAACAUUCAUGGACAUUCAAAGAAAAGCCAUGGAAAAUAAAACCAGUCUUCAGAAUUCUGUUGCUGCACAAGGCCAAUACCAGAAGAUGAUUCAUGAUUAUGAAAUAUUUUUAGAAACAGCUCAGGAGAAAUUAAAGCUUGACUCUAUCUCAGCAAGGGACUUAAACCAUUUGAAACAGCAGUUGUCUGCUCAUAAAGACUUCUUCAGUGACCUUGAGGUACAUAAAGCUAUGCUGGAGUCAUUGGCAGGUCAGUGUGAUCCAGCAGGAAGGUCAAGGUUUCAGCAAAAGCAUUCAUCCCUGAGUAACACCACUACGGUGAUGGUAGACCAGGCCAGCCUGCAUGGUCAAAGACUGGAGAGGUUAACAAAACAAUGGACUGAACUAGAUGAGAAAUACAUGCGGCUACAAAAAGUUUUAACUGACAUUGAGCAUAAAAUACCUCAGCCAAUCACCAGUGGGGAUUCACUUAUCACCAUUCAAGAUAAACUUAGCAGAUACAAAGCACUACAGUCUGAGCUUGCAGAGGAAAGACAAACAGUUUUUGAUGUGGUUGACAGAGGUAAACAAAUCCUCCAUAGUGUCAACUGCUCAUCACUGGAAACUAUCAUUACAGACUUGGCUGAAAAGUGGGUGACACUAAACACAGAGCUGAGCCAUGAAAUCAAGAGGACGGAAACUCUAGGUGAUCAUUUGCUGAUAUUUGAAGAAAAGACAGCAUUGUUAUCAUCAUGGUUAAGUGGGGCAAAAAUAAAACUAGCUGGAUUCAAACAGUUGUCUUCAUCAGAUCUGCAAAACAUAGCUGCUGUCAGGACUAAGGUGGAAAAACUUUUGGAAUUCCGCAAAGAAGUUGAGAACCAGGUGACAUUAAAAAAUCAUGUAAUUGAUGUUGGCAACAAGCUGCUGCAGAACAAAGAUUUUGACACCAGGGGGCUCUCUGAUCGUCUGAGAAACUAUGAGGAGGAAUGGGUCCUGCUUGAGAGAGGAAUUUCAGAAACAGAAGAAUAUCUCCACCAAGCUCAGAUGGACUUGAUGCCAUCUCGUCAAGCUUUGAGCGAGCUGUUCAGUUGGAUAGAAGAAAUUCGCCAGUCUCUGAGGCAGGAUGCCAAGAAGAAAAUCAAAACAGUUGCCGACAUUGAGAAGAUGUUAAAGAGAUAUAAGGAUUACAAAGUUGAACUUUUAACCAAGAAGAUGACCCACAGUUUUGUCAACCAAUCAGUGUUGGCCCCCCAGCCUGAGGAAGAAGACGUACCCAAUGAGAAGAUGGAGUUUGCUGAGAAGCUGGGAGAGCUGAACAGACAAUGGAUGGAAGUGGAGAAAAGUGUCACAGAGCGUCUCGCUGCAUUGGAGUCAGUGCAUGCCAAGUGGGAAGAGUUUGAAAAGUCAUGUGACAGACUGCAGUCAUGGUUUAGUGAGCAAGAGGAAAAGGUCAGGCACAGCAAACUGAUUGGACAUGAAGUUGGGGUCAGGCAGAGUUUGAAAGACUGCCAGGCCAUGCUGCAUCAACUAGAGGACAAGAAGGCAGAGCUGGCAUCACUCAGGGCACUGGGCACACACCUGAUAGACAUGAGUGAUCAGUCACCUGGGUGUCAGCAGUCUGUCAGAGAUAGCCUGGCAGCCCUAGAGCUGAGGAGCAAGAAGUUAGCUGAGCUGAUCAGACAGCUAGAGGAUCAUCUAAAAGACAUGGCUGGUCACUGGCAACAUUACCAGGCAGACUUGAUGCAGCUGAACCAAGUGGUCACCCACAUUGAAUAUGCUCUAAAUCACUACACUCUCAUUGGUGGGGACAUUGGCACACUGAGAUCUCAAGUAGCUAAACUAAAGGGCCUGAAGUCUGAACUGACCAGCCACUCCCCACAACUUGAUGCCUUCUCAAAUCUGACCAAUCAGCUCAGGCAGGUUUGUGAGCCAUCAGUUCAGAUAGAUAUCCAGAAAACUCUGGCAGACUUGCAGACCAAGUGGAGGACGCUGGAUGUGAGGGUCACAGAGCGUUGUCACCAGUUUGAGCAGUCUCUUCAGUCUUGGCAAAACUUUGAAAGCCUGUGCGCGGCAAUGGAGGCUUGGCUAGACAAGAAGGAAGUCUUGUGUGCUGACCUGAUCAGGUCUCAAGGCGACCCACUCAAGUGUCAAGCAGCAUUGGACAAGUUCAGACAAAUGGAGGCAGAGCUGGAUGGUUAUCAGGUCAAAGUGUCACAACUGGCCCAAAUGAGUGACGGUCUGACAAAGAAUAUGAAUUCAUCCACAAUAUCCAUGAUAAAAUCCAGGCAGACAAUGCUAGAACAGAGGAUGGUAGCUCUUAGACAGUUGCUGUCACAGCAUAUGUCAGCUCUGGCUAAUGAGAUGUCACUCAUGGGACGGUUCAACAAAGCUUUUGAGGUUGUCCAAAAGUUCUUAAAUAAUGCUGAGGUCAUCUUAAAAACUGAAGACCCCCAGAGGUCAUCAGAGGAACACCUGCUAAAUUCUCGCCUGCAUGACCUGAGGCAACUGCUGCUGCUGUUUAGUACCAACUACAGCAAGCUGGACACUGUCAAUGAUUUGGGCUAUAGACUUGCCCUGAAUGAAUAUGACGCUGUGCGGCUGAGAGAACUUAACCACAAAUGGCAGAGGUUGUAUGAAGAGACUAGUGAAAGGUCAAGGACACUGCAAGGUCAUCUCCUUGUGCAGCAAGACUUUACAUCCAAGUGCCAAGCCUGGAUGACAUUCUUAGCCCUAACAGAACAGGACCUGGCUAGAGAGGUCAGGGGGAACCUAGAGCAGUUAAGGGAACAGCUUGAGAAGUGUCAGCACUUUGGAAAUGAAGCUUACAGCCAGCAGCAGAUUCUGCAGGCUAUCAUCAGUGAUGGGCACAGGAUGCUGAGGGCAGGGGAGGUGGAGGACAAGGAAGAUUUCCAGAGGAAGCUGCAGCUGGUGGCCGAACAGUGGCAGAGUUUGUCUCGGAGGGUCAAUCAGCGGCAGGCCAUCAUCAGAGAUGUCAUUGGUCAGUGGCACCAGUUCAACUCACUCAGCACACAGGUCAAGCAGUGGCUGGCCUUGAAAGGGGAAGAAAUGAGGGCCUGUGAGGUUGGGUCGGACUCGGUGUAUUUCAUCAGAAACUUGGUUGAGAAGAUCAAGAUCUCCCAGCAUGAGUUCCAGCUUCAAGAAGAGACCUACAAGAAGGUCCAGGAGCUGGGACACUUCCUGCUACAGUACACAGAUGUUAGAUCAGCUCAAGAGAUUAGUGCAACACUAGCUGACCUUGAAAAAGGCUGGAAGCAAAUUUUGAACAACCUUGACAUUCAGCGCAGCAGGCUGGAGCAUGUGGACAGGGAGUGGCUGGUGUGUGAGGAGGAAAUUGAGGGCAUCUUGGCCUGGUUGAAGGACAUCAGGCUUGUUUUGUCUGCUGAUAUUCCAACCACUUAUGACCAGCUGCAGGCUGAGAUUAAAAAAUGCCAGGACAUUGCCUUGGACUUCUCCACCUUUGCUGACAAACGCCAGGAGCUGGUGGCUAAAGAAAGAAAGCUGGGCCAGAUGGUUGAGACAGAGGACAUGAACCUGCUGCACCAGCGCAUCAAGCUGCUCAACAAGCAGUGGGAGGAGCUCUAUCAGCAGACACAGCUCAGGGAACAAAGGCUGACAGAAGCCCUAUUCAGAUGGACAAAUGUUGGCGACAGUAUAAGAUCUCUAAUGGAAUGGAUUCAGAUCAUGGAGGCAAAGAUCAUUUCCAAUAAAGAUCUGCAUGUUGAAGAACUCCUUGCCAAGCUGGAAAAGGAAUACAAGAGGGAAAUGAAAGAGAAAGAAAUGGAGAAGUCUAGAACAGUGCAGCAAGCAGAGAAUUUGAUGAAGAUCAGCAGUGACAUCAGAGCAUCUGACCUCCAGCAGAAGAUCUUAAGGCUGGAAGAUAGAUGGCAGCACCUGCAGGCACUCAUGGAUUACAGGCUCCACAAACUGCAAGAGACAGUUCUGGCUGUCCACCAACUGGACACUAGCAUGAACAAUCUCAGCAAGUGGCUGUCCAAUGUUGAGAAUGAACUGACUGCUGGGAUAGCUUUUAAAGACACUGAUUUCAAGGAAAUAGAAGCCAAAAUGUUGACCAAUCAGGAGCUGCAGAGAGACAUUGAGCGUCACAGCACUGGCAUCUCAUCUGUGUUGAAUCUGUGUGAAGUUCUGCUCCAUGACUCUGAUGCCUGCCCCACAGAAAAAGAGUUUAUGUCUUUACAGCACACCAUGAAAAACCUGGAGAAAAGAUGGAGAAAUAUUUGUGCCUUGUGCCCACAGAGACGAACCAGACUGGAAGAAACCUGGCAACUUUGGGAAAUAUUCCGAGAUGACUGUCAAAGGUUCUCUAACUGGAUGGCUGAGGCAGAAAGUGAAAUUCAAGACUCUGAGCUGGACAUUACAAACAUCAGAACAGCUAAGGAAGUGCUGAACAAGUAUGAGAUCCUCCAACACAACGUCCAUGAUCAUCUGGGUGACCUGGAACAUAUCAACCGCCAGUAUCGUCAGCUGGCCAAAGAAGGCAGGACGGAUGCUGACGGCUCUCUCAAGGUUCAGAUGACAAUGUUAAACAACAGAUGGGAUGCUUUACAGCUGAGAGUAACAGAGAUGAUGAAGAAGCUGCGUCACUCAGCCAGCAUAAGAGAAGACUUUGAAAUGACCUUGAAGUCUCUGGUCUCUUGGCUCCAGGACAUUGACCUACAACUGUCAAGGUUACAGGACUUCACCAGCUUGGAUUGGGAGGCCAAAGUGUCUGAUAUCAGACGUAUUGAAGAUGAAAUACACACCAGACGCCACAGGAUGGAGUACCUAGACCAGGCAGCCUUCUACCUGAUACAGAAAGGUGACAGCCAAGAGGCUCUCAGAGUCCAGCGCCAGUUGGAUGACUUCAAGGCUCUGUCCAAGCAGGUGUUUGAGAAGGUGGUCACCACACAGCUUAAAGUGGAGAGGAUGCUUGUUGCACAGGGAGACAUCAACACAUCUAGUGCUAGAACAGAAGACAGACUGCACACGUUGUCUGCUGCUGACAGAAUUCAAGCAGUGAAAGAUGCACAAAGCACUCGCAGGCCACAGGAUCUAAGUGCUGGCACUGAGAGAUAUUUCACUAGUCCUCCCCCUGAAUCUCCAUCGGUCAGUUACAGAAGCAGCAGGUCACCCAGCAGAAUCUCCGUCUCCUCUAUACAUCGGACAAGCUCUCCUCUUGUAAGGACUACAACACCUGUGCGGAGGUCACAAUCUCCGUCCCCAAUUAGGUCAGCGUCACCUUUAAGAAGGUCAGCCUCGCCUGUAGGCAGACUUACAUCCCCUAUCAGAAUGUCAACACCAUCAGGCAAAAGGUCAACAUCACCUUCUAAAUUUGCUUCAUCAAGAAGGCGAUCACCAAGUCCUGAGAAGUUCUCACCAAGAGACAGAACUUUUUCUCCUAUUGAGAAAGACAGAGAUGUGCCAGAUGGGCGUGCCUCACCCAGACAUGAUCUAUCUAAACAUGACAAGUCUCUAAAAACUGAAGUGUUGAUGGAGGGCUUGGUGGACUCAAUAGAGGACUGCAACACUAAGCUGGCGGAGUUGGAGAAGUCAAUGGAUGUCUACGGAGACACUGAUCUGCUGGUUCAGCAAUUAUUAGAAUGUGAAGUGGCUGUUGAUCACAUGUUGAGACUACAUCGACUGCUACAAAUAGAAUUGGAUCCAGAAAUUGUUCCAACUGCUGAUGCUCAAGUGUCACUGGUGAAAAGGAAGUUUGAGAGUUUACAAAAGCGAGCCAUGGAUGAAGAUUAUAAAAUCACUCAUGACAGACACGACCUUCUUCAAUUCACUCAUGACCUUGAUAACAUGCUCAAGUGGCUGGGAGAAGCAGAGGCCUUACAGUCCACCCUCAGACCACUCCCAGUGGACAUCGGUCAACUCGAUGUUGUUAUCAGACAGUUUAAGGAUUUGAGUGCCCAGCUUGAAUCAAAGAAACCAAUCAUCUACUCCAUUAACCUCAUCAGUAGAAACUAUCUUCAGGGGAAAAAUCUCAAGGCACAUCAGAUUGAGAAAAAGUUGCAGGACAUGAACAGAAGAUGGGAGCUUGUUCUUUCCAGGGCUUUUGAAAUUGAAAGAGCUCUUCAGAUUGCAUUGAUUGAGUGUCAAGAAUUCCACCAUAAAAUUCAUGACUACCAGCUGUGGUUGGAGGACCUGGAGACUAGACUGAAACAGUGUGAACCCAUGGACCUCAGUGCAGACAAGAGAUUCUUGUGGGAGAAAUACAGAAAGAUAGUUGAUAUAUCAAGCGAAUUAAAAAAUAACCAAUCCAACAUUUUAUUGCUGAAAGAAACAGCUGAUCAGCUGCUGGUUAGAGCUGACUCCCAAGAAAUGUUAACAGCCCGAGACAAAACUCACAUCAUUAGCAAUCGUUUGCGAUCCCUACUUCAUCUGUCAUCUGCUUAUAUUUCUAGUCUUGAGAAUAAGUUACAAAUGGAAACUAAAAGUUAUGAAGGGAAGUUUUUAGAAGCUGGCAGUUCUAGAACUUCAGCUCAAAGAGGACCUGCCCUUCUCCAGAUGAGAACAAGACCAGCUUUAUCUGUUUCUAGAAAGCUAUUUACUGAGAGUACUGGCCCUUUGCUUCAUUCCAGCUCAAAGGAUAGAGACAAUUUAAAUUCUAACACCAGAAGCUUGCUUGAGGCCACUGGUCAACACCAAGUCCGUCCAUCUUUGCUGAUGCGAGUCAUUUGUGCAGCCAUUCCAUUUUAUUUGUUGUUGCUUUGUUUUUUACUCCUGGCCUGCCUUUUCCCAGUUUGUGAUGAUGAAAACAACUGUUUGCUAAAAAACAAUUUGCGAAAUUCUUUUUCCCUCAUGUUACAUUACACAGAUGGAGCUCCACCAACAUAGACUCAAUAUUAUUUGCAUUGCUUGUAAAUUUAAAAAAUGUAAAUCUGAUAGUAUUACUUUGCUAUGUACAAUAUUACACUGAAUAUGAAUGUGUGUUUAUUGAUAAUGUACUGCAUGUGUUAUGAUUUGAUUAGGUUUUUUUAUGCUCUUUGCAACAUUUAUUAAGCCUAAAGUCUAUCUAAACUAUCAUGUGGAUAAUAUUAUAGGAUAACAUUCUAUUAGCCAUGUUGUUUUAUUUUUUACAAAUGAUAACAUUUUUAUAAGUUUUUCAAUAACAAUUAUUGUUUGUUGUAGAAAAAGAGAAAACUUUGUUUCUAAUCUAUUAACUCGACAGAAUCUACAAAAUAUUUUUAAAAGAUUUUUUUUAAAUGUUAAAUUAUAUCUGUUAAGUUACCUUCCAAAAUGUAAUAUGAUUACAGUAUUUAUUGUAAUAAUGAUGUACAGUUUAGGCACUUUCAUGUGUUUAUGUUAAAUUAAUUUACUCAAUUUCACAGGGUGAACUAUGCAAACAAUCAGCUAAAUUUUUGUUUUGAGACAACUUGAAGAAAAGCAAUGAUGAGAAAACUUUAUGUACAGUCAACUAUUUGCUAUGUGUUGAUUUACUCUUUUGUGUGGUGUACUAUGAUACUAUUAUUUGUUAUAUAGCUUAUUCUUGGUGUCAUUUUAUAAACUCAUUAUUUGUAUAUUUACUAGAAUUGACAUAAUUGUCUUUAAAACAAACUGUGAUAGAGAAGGCAGCAAAGGGCCUGUGUGUGAAGAGUAACUAAUUAUACAUCAUUUUAUUAAUAGUUGUCAUACAUUAUUUCAGUCAAGAUUUUUACUGUAUGUUUUUCUGUUGUACCCAUAGAGAAUGCUUUUAUCAAAUUAUUAAAUGAUAGCUCCUGCUAGUUUCAGAUUUGCCUAAUUCUUCAAGAGAAUUAGAUUUCAUCUUUACAGUGUGCCAGUAAUAUAUAGGUAUUCUGAGUAUUAGUGCUAUAUUUAUAUGUGGCUUCUGUAGGUAACAACUUGUAUACUGCAAUAUUAUUGAAGUGUAUAUCAAAUUAUAUUUACUGCUUGUACAAUAGAUUUUGAUACUCAUUAAAAUUAAAUCAUUUUACAUACA